GCUUAACUUUCCACUAGAUAUUUAAGGAGCUGUCACAUUUGGCUGGCCUGCACCCUGUGCAAGCAGAAGACUCAAGACCUGCUUAGUUGCCUGAUUGACAAGCUAUGAGUUCUGUGCCUCUGCGUGUGGCUCUGAAUGAUGGUCACUUCAUUCCUAUACUGGGGUUUGGAACCACUGUGCCUAAUAAGGUUCCUAAGGAUGAACUUAUCAAGGCUACCAAAAUAGCUAUAGAUGCUGGGUUCCGGCAUUUUGAUUCUGCUUAUUUGUAUGGAAUAGAGGAGGAAGCAGGACAAGCCAUUAGAAGCAAGAUUGCAGAUGGUACUGUGAAGAGAGAAGAUAUAUUCUAUACAUCAAAGCUUUGGAGCACUUUCCAUAGACCAGAAUUGGUUCGAUCUUGCUUGGAAGCGUCACUGAAGAAAGCUCAAUUGGACUAUGUCGAUCUGUAUAUUAUUCAUUUCCCAAUGGCUUUGCAGCCUUCAGAUGAGCUAUUUCCAAGAGAUGAGCAUGGAAAUCUGUUGGUGGACCUGGUGAAUCUCUGUGACACAUGGGAGGCCAUGGAGAAGUGUAAGGAUGCAGGACUAGCCAAGUCCAUUGGGGUGUCCAACUUUAACCGCAGGCAGCUGGAGAUAAUCCUGAACAAGCCAGGGCUCAAGUACAAGCCUGUGUGCAACCAGGUAGAGUGUCAUAUUUAUCUCAACCAGAGCAAAAUGCUGGAGUAUUGCAAGUCCAAGGACAUCGCUCUGGUUGCCUACUGUACAUUGGGAAGUUCACGAGACCCAUUAUGGGUGGACCAAAGCAGCCCAGUUCUUUUAGACGAUCCAGUUCUUUGUACCAUGGCAAAGAAAUACAAGCAAACACCAGCCUUGGUUGCCAUUCGUUACCUGUUGCAGCGUGGGAUUGUGACCCUGGCCAAAAGUUUCAAAGAGAAGAGGAUCAAAGAGAUGAUGCAGGUUUUUGAAUUCCAGUUAACUUCAGAGGACAUGAAAGUCCUAGAUGGUUUGAACAAAAAUUUAAGAUACAAUUCUGCAGAUUAUUUUAAUGGACAUCCCAAUCAUCCAUUUACUGAUGAGUAUUAACAUGGAGACCCUUGUCCAAUUUCCACCAGAAGAUCUGUUUAUGCAUCAUGAUAUGAGACAAGUCUUGGAUACUGGUUAUUGAACACAUCACUUCUUAUCAAACCUUCUUGUCUUGUCAAUUCACAGUGAGCUAGAGCUAAGUCCGCAGAGCUGUGUGAGAAGUCUGAAAGACAGCAUCAAGAUGUUUAUCCCGAUGACUCUUACAUUUUGAAAGAUUCGUUUAUUUUUAUUUUACAUAUGAGUAUCCUACAUGUAUGUGUUCCUCAUGGAUAUUCUUGUUCACUGAGGGCAACAGAUCACUUGGAACUGGAGUUACCAAUGGUUGUGAGUCACCAUGUGGGUGUUGAAAGCCAAAUCUUAGUCUUCUCUAAGAGCAGCAAGCCUUUAAACACUUUGCCAGUUCACCAGGUCCUGCCAUAAAGAUUCUUGCCGGCUUCUAUUUCUGUGACUUCAAUGGUUUAUUUCCUUCUGACUCCUACUGACACCAACCCGAUUUGUCUAGAAGUUUUUUACUGAAGGCAUGAGAUGAUGACUAUCACUUAGUAGCCAUUUUUGGGUAGGUGUUAGAAGAAAUUUUAACAUUUGGGGAAUUAACAAUGAUAAAUUAUUGAUAAGCCAAUAUUCCUCAAAUUCUUUGAGAAAGAAAAAAGUACUCUGCAAUUAUCCCGCUCUUAGUUUGGAGGUGAGGCACCUCUGGCAAGGGUGACCAAGAGUCCCAGGGCUUCCUUCACCAGCCCAGGAACCAGGGCUCCAAGAGCAUGGAGAUAAGAUUUCCAUGUGGGAAGGUUGGGAGGUUGGAAGGUGGGUAAGAAGGGAACUCAUCUAAAAGAGUCAUCAUGGCACAGACAUGAAGACAGAAGAAAGCCAAACAUGUCUUUGCUUAGGAAAUAUGUCAUUUGUUUUUGAUCAUUUUAUGCUAGGUAAAAGGGAAUUCUAUGUAUUUUAUCCAAGAUAGAGAUCUAGACUUUCAAGGGUUUCAGCAGUUGCCUUAUCGAGCUACGGCAAGAAAAAUUAAUUCACAUCAGUAUAAACUCAAUACUCAGCAAAUUUACUUAGUUUUAAAAAUUGAUCUGUGAAACAUGAUUGUGUGUUUAUAGGUAAACAAGUAAGACUUAUUAAAUAUAAAAUAUCUCUAAGAUUUUAAAUUGUGUUAUCAAAUUUAUGUUAAAAUAUAUAGCAAUGAUAAGACAAAUUCUAUAAAUUUUCAAAAAUUAUUCGAAAUAUUGUAUUUGAUCAGCACAGCGUUUUAAGAAUUGUUAAGUGUGGGCAAUAUCUUUUGCCCAAAGAGUAUGUUAACGAAAUCAGAGAGAAAAGUAUGCUGUGCUCAGAGAAGGUCCAGAAGAAUGUGAAGGUAAAUUAAAAAAAAUUAUCUACUGAGUUCCAAGGAAACAGCUGAACUUAUAUAUUUCGUUAAUAAAUAUCUCAAUUAAGAAUUUUUUUGAGAUAGUUUCUCAUUAAAUACACCAUGCUCACCCCUCAUUCCUCUAGAAAGCUGAGAUAAAAGGCAUGCCACUAUACCUAUAUAUUUGAAGUCUGUUAAA